AUGGGCGAAAUACAGUUCAGUGGAUGGGAUGACGAUCAACGGAUGACUGGCCAAAAAGAGGAAAUCGAGAGGUCUCUUUCUUUUGGUCUCGACGGUCAAGGGAUUCGCCUCGUGUCGAAAGGUCGAAUCGAGCAGAACGAAAAGUUAGUGAGCCACCAGCCCGAAUUCACAGCUCAAAGCCAACCGGAGGGUGAAUCCAGGGGCAAUCUUUGGAUUGCGAAGCGAUUGUUCGCUAUGGCCGAAGGAAUGGAAUGGUUCCAUCAACAACAUCAUCAUCAUCAUCGGACGAGGACGGGCGACAGUAACCCAUCAUCUCCACGAUCAAUCGUUCAACAUCUCAAGCAUCAUUGCCAAAAACUUUGGCCCAAAACUUGUUUGCUGUGUGGGGGGCUUUCACAGCCUCCUUGCAAUAGCAAUAAAAAACGAAACCAUUCCAAACUGAGCGAAGCAGGAAAUCAUCAUCAACGAUUCAAGUGUGCCGGAUUCCCGUUUUUUCUCCUGACCGCCAAAAAACAAAACAGCGAAUACAAGAAAACCCUGGCAAUAGAAAAUCGAAUCAUCUCCUCCCAGAUCGGCAUUCCGGGGGAAAUGGCAUUAAUCCUACAGGUGGAAAACUCAAGAGCGCUGCCGCCGUUUCGCUGUGAGGAAAUUGAACGCGGUCAGUUAGCUAGAGAAUGGAGAAGUUGGCGCUCGUCUCUAGAAGUUUACUUUGAAGCGUAUGGUAUCACGGACCAAAGCAAGAUGAGAGCAAAUUUGUUGCACCUGGGUGGAAGCCAACUGCAACGCGUAUAUAAUAGUUUGCCCGAUGUGGAUAAAAUAUCUUUGGUAGCAACAAAGCCUAAUUUCUAUGAUACGGCUGUCAACAAGUUGCAAGAAUAUUUUGAACCAGGACGACAAUGUGUACUUGGUAGGCGUAGGCUGCGUACAAUUACUCAGGAGAAAAAUGAACGUUUUGCUCAUUUUUUGUUACGUUUGAGGCAGCAGCUACCAGAUUGCGGUUUAGACCAGUAUUCGUUAGAGGUGCAGGAAGUCUUGACUGAAAUCUUAUUAAUUGAUGCCAUUAUCGAGGGUUGUUCUUCUGACGAGCUUCGUAGAAGAAUAUUACAGAAAGACAGAGCAUUAGUCGAAAUCGAAGAAAUUGGUAGUAUGCUUGAAAACGUGGAGCAACAAGUCAAGGAUUUUGGACAAAUGAGUUCAGAGAAGCAACCGGAGAAGGUUUUCCAAGUUGAGGCGAAACAGUUUAAAAAUUCGACACCUUUUAACUCGCGGAACGCAAAUUGGCAACGUGGAGCUAAAUGUUUUAACUGCGGUGUACAAGGACACAUAAGCUCUUCGGUGAACUGCAAAGCGCGUAACCAGAAAUGUCGACGGUGUGAUGUGGUAGGGCAUUUUGAAUCCGUCUGCCGAGAACGUAAGCGAAGCAACUCAGAUUGGAAACCAAAUAAGAUUAAGCGAGUACGAAUGUUGGAACAACCGGAACCGGAAAUUCCCGAGACGGGUAGAGGCAAGGAAGUUCGCUAUAUGGAACAGAAAGGAAAUGACAACGAGGAAUCUAAUAAACGUUUUUAUUGUUUCCAUCUGGGUAAUGAUAGCAACGUUCUUGACUGCAAAAUAGGGGGCGUCGUUAUAAGAAUGCUAGUCGAUUCGGGAUCCGAUAUCAAUCUUAUUGAUCAAGGUACAUGGGAAUUUAUGAAAUGUCAACAAGUUAAGGUUGAAGAAAUGAUAAAAGGUUGCAAGCAAGUUGUCAAAGCUUAUGGUCAAGACAAGCCUCUACCGAUUUUGGGAACGUUUAAAGGAUUCAUAGAAAUUGGAACAAAAUCCACAUAUGCUUCGUUUUCCGUGGUUGAAGGUGGUCAACGUUGUCUUCUAGGCGACGCAACUGCCAAGCAGUUGGGCGUUUUGAAAGUGGGCGUGGAUGUCAACCAAUUAGAUUCAAAACCGGUAUUUGCCAAAAUUAAAGAUAUCCAAGUCAACAUCCAUAUGGAUCCAUCAAUGAAACCCGUUUUUCAACCAGUACGGCGAAUACCGAUUCCGUAUGAAGAAGCCGUCAAUCGAAAAUUGAACCAACUGUUAGAGAACGACAUUAUUGAGGUGAAAAAGGGUCCAGCUUCGUGGGUUUCGCCGUUAGUCGUUGUUGGUAAAGCCAACGGUGAACCUCGAGUAUGUUUGGACUUGAGACGAGUUAACGAAGCAGUUAUGCGGGAAAGAUAUCCCAUGCCGAUGGUUGAUGAGAUUUUGGCACGUAUUGGUAAAGGCGCAGUGCGAAGUCGAUUGGAUAUACGUGAGGCUUUCCUUCAGACAGAACUGGCUCCCGAUUCACGGGAUAUUACGACAUUUAUUACUAGUCGUGGAUUGUUUAGGUUCAAACGAUUACCUUUCGGAUUGGUUUCCGCACCAGAAAUAUUCCAACGAGUAAUGGAAGAAAUACUCGCUGGGUGUGAAGGAACCGUUGUGUACCUUGAUGAUAUUUACAUAGAAGGGAAAACCCGCGAAGAACAUGAUCGGCGUCUGAAAAUAGUAUUGCAUCGGCUGAAUGAACGAGGAGUGGCUUUGAACAAGGAAAAAUGUGUCAUAGGUCAACCAGAGGUACUAUUUUUAGGGCACGUAAUUUCAGCUGAGGGUAUUCGACCGUCUCCUUCGAAAGUAGAAUCUCUACUUUCCUUCCGUGCACCGGUUAACGUCAAUGAGGUUAAAAGUUUUCUAGGUUUAGCCAAUUAUCUGAACAAGUAUAUUCAUAAUCUAGCUGACCUAGAUGAACCUCUUAGACGACUGACGCAAACUGAGGUAAAGUUCGAGUGGAAAGAUGAACAACAAACGUCGUUCGAGAACAUCAAAAAGGCUCUGGCGAAUACUCCUCAACUAGGCUAUUUUAAUGUUAAACAUCAAACCUCAGUCAUAGUAGAUGCCAGCCCUACAGCGUUAGGUGCGGUUUUAGUUCAGACAAGUAACAACGAGAACAGAGUAGUGUGUUAUGCAUCUAAAUCUUUAACCGACACCGAAAAACGGUACUGCCAGACAGAAAAGGAGGCAUUAGCCGCAGUUUGGGCCGUUGAGCGGUUCCAAAUGUAUUUACUUGGACUAAAAUUAGACCUCGUAACAGACUGCAAAGCGUUGCAAUAUCUUUUCAUACCACGAUCAAAACCGUGUGCACGUAUAGAACGUUGGGUACUGCGAUUGCAGGGGUUUACUUACAGCGUAAAACAUAUCGCUGGACCUAAAAACAUCGCAGACGUCCUAUCGCGCUUAACCACCUUGGAACCAAAGCCUUUCGACCACUCAGAAGAACUGUUCGUGCAAGAAAUUGCUGCAGCCGCAGCCACAAAUGCUGCUCUUAGAUGGGAAGAGGUCGAGCAAGUUUCAGCGCAGGAUGACGACAUAAAACAAGUAUUAGAUGCUCUUAGAAACGAUAAAGUACACGAACUUCCAGUUUGCCUUAGGACUGUGGCUAAUGAAUUAUGCCAAGUUGGGAAUAUUCUUAUGAGAGGGGAUCGUAUUGUUGUACCAAGCAGUCUGCGUCAAAGAGUUCUGACCAUAGCUCACGAAGGACACCCAGGAGUUAGAAUGAUGAAAAGCCAUUUACGGGCAUCCGUUUGGUGGCCUAAAUUGGAUCAGGAUGUGGAAAAUUAUGUCAAACGGUGCAGAGGCUGUGCUCUAGUUGCCGCUCCAAAUCCACCUGAACCCAUGAGUCGUCGUGAUUUACCGUCUGGUCCUUGGGAAGACUUAGCUAUUGAUUUCCUAGGCCCAUUACCAGAAGGACAGUAUCUGUUUGUCGUCGUCGAUUUUUACAGCAGAUACUUUGAGGUAUGUGAAAUGAAAACCAUUUCAGCAGAGAGUACAAUUCAAGAACUUACAACAAUGUUCAGCCGCUUUGGUGUUCCUUUGACUUUGACAGCAGAUAACGCUCCUCAACUAUCUAAAGACUGCGAAGAAUUUGCACGGUUCUGUUCUGAUUACGGUAUAAAAUUAGUCAAUACCAUUCCAUAUUGGCCCCAAAUGAACGGGGAAGUCGAACGGCAAAACCGUACAAUCCUAAAAAGAUUAAAAAUAGCUCAAGAGUUAGGGCAAAACUGGCGAAAUGAAUUGCAAAAGUUUCUUUUAACGUAUCGAUCCUCUACUCACACCACAACGGGUCGAUCUCCGGCAGAGUUGAUGUUCGGGCACAGAAUACGGACCAAGCUUCCGCAAAUCUCUACUUCGACUGUAGAAGAUGAAGCCAUGCGUGAUUUUGACAGAGUCAACAAGGAAAAGGGUAAGCAGUAUAGUGACAACAGAAGAGGUGCUCAAGAAAGUGGCAUAAAAGAGGGGGAUCUAGUUCUUAUGAAACGUGCGAAAAAGGACAACAAGUUGAGUACUGAAUAUGUCAACGAACCCUUUGUAGUGAAAAGCAAAGUCGGAGCAGACACGAACAUCGAGUCCGUGGAAACCGGUAGAAAAUUUCGUAGGAAUGCGGCUCAUUUGAAGAAGUUGAUGGAUACCACCGAAGUAGUCAACGAAAGAGACAGGCAUAAUGAACGGGAUCCUCUAGAACUACCACAGUGUAGUACGUUCUUGUCGGGCACUGUCGAUCAUCGAGUGGCAGAUACACAACAGGAUUCAGAACAAGCAGAGCCGUCUAAAGGACGGAAACGCAAGGAGCCUUCGUGGUUUGAUGAUUACGUGACACACUUCAUCAAGAAAGGUUAA